GCGCAGUGAGGCGGGGCGCGGCGGUUGUUGUAGUAACGGGGAAGCGCCGCGCCAGCGGGGCCGGCUGAGGCGGCAGGGCUGGGGCCCCCCGCGGCCGUUAACGGCCACUAACGGCCACUAACGGCCGUUAACGGCUCCCCGCGCGUGACGGGAGCUCCGCGAGAGCCCCCCUGAGGCCAUGCCGGGCGCCGCGGCGCGGGACGCGGAGCAGAGCGGCUCGUCCGCCGCUGAGGAGGAUGAGGAGGAGGAGGAGGAGGAAGGCGAGGAGGGGGCCGCGGACGGGCUGAGGGAUCAUCCGUGCAUCAGGUGGACUGGUGGUGGCUGCAGGCGGAUCCCUAUCUUCGUCUUUCAUGCUGAUGCCAUUCUGACCAACGACAGCUACCUCCGCCUAAUUGGAGAGCACUACCACUUGUCCUAUAAGAUCGUACGGACGGACAGCCGCCUGGUCCGAAGCAUACUGACUGCCCAUGGAUUCCAUGAGGUGCACCCUAGUAGCAGUGAUUAUAAUCUCAUGUGGACGGGAUCACACUUGAAACCCUACUUGCUGCGUUCCCUUACAGAUAUUCAGAAAGUCAAUCAUUUCCCUAAGUCGUAUGAACUGACACGGAAGGACAGACUGUACAAGAAUGUCAGUCGUAUGCAGCUGGCCCAUGGAUUCAAGGCAUUCCAUAUCUUACCUCAGACCUUCAUCCUCCCAGCAGAGUACCAGGACUUCUGCAAUACCUAUUCUAAGGACAGGGGCCCAUGGAUAGUGAAGCCCGUGGCAUCUUCCAGGGGUCGAGGUGUCUACCUGAUAAACAAUCCAAACCAGAUUGUUCUAGAAGACAACAUCCUGGUUUCUCGUUACAUCAGCAACCCCCUGCUAAUAGAUGACUUCAAAUUUGAUGUGCGCCUGUAUGUUCUGGUUACAUCCUAUGAUCCACUUGUCAUCUAUCUCUACGAGGAAGGACUGGCCAGGUUUGCAACUGUGAGGUAUGACCAGGCAUCCAAGAACAUUAAAAACCAGUUUAUGCAUCUGACCAACUACAGUGUCAACAAGAAGAGUGGAGAUUAUGUCAGCUGUGAUGAUCCUGAAGUAGAGGAUUAUGGAAACAAGUGGAGCAUGAGUGCAAUGCUGAGGUACUUAAAACAGGAGGGGAGAGACACUGCAGCACUGAUGGCCAAUGUGGAAGACCUGAUUAUCAAGACUGUAGUUUCUGCUGAACUGGCGAUUGCUACAGCUUGUAAGACUUUUCUUUCACAUCGUGGCAGCUGUUUUGAGCUGUAUGGUUUUGAUGUCCUUAUUGAUGAUACACUCAAGCCCUGGCUUUUGGAAGUGAACCUAUCCCCAUCAUUGGCCUGUGAUGCUCCUUUGGACCUGAAGAUCAAAGCUAGCAUGCUCUCAGAUAUGUUCACCCUUGUAGGCUUUGUAUGCCAGGAUCCAGGCCAGCGGUCAGGCCGGGCCAUUAAUCAUUCAUCUGAAUCUGGCAGGAGAAAUCUGUACCAGAAGCUGCAGCGUCCUGUGUCUGCACAGUCCCAGCCAGCAAGCACCAGACUGCGUACCCGUCCUCUGUCUGCCAGUGAUGCUGAAAUGAAAAACAUGAUGUCCUCGGGCAGGGAAAAAGCAACAGGAAGGCAAGGCAUCUCUGUGCUAGGUCUCUCCAUGGAGGAGAUAAGAGUUCUUCGUCGAGUGAGAGAGGAGAAUGAACGGAGAGGAGGUUUCAUCCGGAUAUUCCCAACCCCAGUAACAUGGGACCUUUAUGGAUCGUUUUUAGAGUACAAGACGUCAAUGAACUACAUGCUGGCCACGCGUCUGUUUCAGGACAGGGACAAGAUGAAAGGAGACUUCGUCACUGGGAGAUCCCGAGAUGGUCUUAAUGGGAGGCUGGAUAUGAAGCUGGAAGCUGUAGACUCUCAUGCUCCGUUUUAUGAGAGAAAGCUGCUCUCACUGGAGUUACGGAAGCGCCGGCGAUGUCAUGGCAGGGCUAGAGCAGCACGAGCAAGAUCAUCAGGGAUGUCAGAACCGACAAAGGUGUCCCUCAGAUCAGACACAGAAGGUGAGGAAGAAGAGGAGGCAGAUGAAGAUGAAGAGCUCGAUGGAGCUAUUGGCUCUCUUUCGGACACCCAGGUGAAAAGCAAGCCAAAACUCUCUGACUUGGUGAAAACAACUUGCAAGGAGCAGUUGACAAAAAAACUUCAUAAGAAAACUGGAGAUGGAGGAGAGCCACUUGUUGAAAAAACAGAUUCAAAACCUCAGUUUAACUUGCUGCAGAUUCUUCAAAAGAAUGGAAAUCUAAGCAAAGUGCAGGCUCGCAGGGCUUUCUCUGCCUAUCUGCAGCAUGUGCAGUUGCGACUGAUGAAGGAGGCUGGUGACCAGUUCCAGAAUGCUGCCUGGGUUGCCAAAGAAGAUGAGCAGAUGGAGCUUGUGGUACGCUUUCUGAAGCGAGCUGCCAGCAAUCUUCAGCAGUCCUUGAGAGUGCUGCUCCCCAGCCGUCACUUAGGACUCAAUGAUCGUCGUCGUAUCCUGGCUCACCAGCUGGGCAAGUUCAUAAUCUAUUAUAACAAGGAGACAGAGCAGAUGGUUCAGAAGCAAUCAAAAAAGAAACAGGAAGAGGAGGAGGAGGGAGUGAAUCCUGAAGGUUUUCAAAACUUUAUUACCAGAGCAAGUGAGAGUGAGCUGGAGGAAGUGCUGACAUUUUACACCCAGAAAAACAAGUCAGCGAGUGUCUUCCUAGGAACAAACUCCAGAACUACAAAACCCAGGAACACCAGUAACCAAUCAGAGAAUCAGCCUAAAGUGGAGCAUCCUGAAGUGAUGAAAAAAAUAAAAGGUGAUCAACCCAAAAGUUCAGUUGCAGAUUUGCCUGCAGAAGGACAAGCAAGAGGCUAUAGACCCAAAGAAGUUAAAUCAACCCUUCCAGAAGGACCCACCUUCUCCUUAAAUACUGAACUGAAAUUACCUCGGUGCAGCCCUUCUAGUGCUUCUUCCUCUGUUUCUGGUACUAUGUUCCAGAGAAGUACCAGUUCCCAGUUACCAUCUCAACCUGCAGCAUCUGGAAAUCCACAGGUGCCUGGUUACCAUUCAUUGCCGGUUCCCCCAGUUGGUCCCAGGCUGUUUCAGUCUUCAUCUUCUCUACCUUCCUCCCAGAGCACAGCACCUGACAGCUCUUCUGUCUUCACAAAUCCAGUGUCCAGUGAGGCUUCUAGCCUUGCAGGGUUACAUCGUUGUCGUUCUGGUAGCUACACCAUUGGGCCAUUCUCGUCUUUGCAGAGAGCUGCUCAGAUCUACAGCCAAAGAUUGUCCCGCCCAUCAUCUGCAAAAGCAGGUUUGUGCCAUCGCAGUCCAGGUGGACAGCAUGUGGGCCCAGCCGGGAUGCACAAAGAUACAGAAGACGCUACUUCUCAGGGCAAACGUUACAGCCCUAGUAUGGUAGCAGCAGAACUGCAACAGCUGGCAGAAAAGCAAGCAGCUUGUCAGUACUCCCCACCAAGCCACAUCAGUCUCCUUACACAGCAGUUAACAAGCUUAAACUUGGCAAGUGGAGCUGUAAGCAAGGGGAAUGCAGCUGGGCCCCAGAGCUACCGGUCAACAGUCAACAGGAAAGGGUCACUGUGGGCUGUUCAGUCAGACACUCAUGCAGCUGACAGAAGAUCUUCAGCAGUCAGCUGUGAGCGUGCCCUAACUUUACUGGAAGGUGGUAACAGAGACUGCAGCUGCUUCACACGAGGGAGAAGUCCAGGGAGCUGUAAUAUGUGGGUGGGUGAUGGAGUCAGUAUCCAUGCCGUGGAAGGAACAGAUACUCCCCUUGGGGUGGGAGUUGAGUCCAACCUGCUGAUAACCCAUGUGGUGAGCUGCUGGGAUCGGAGAGGAGACAGCUGGGCUCCAGAGAGUGAUCGUUUUGCCUGGGAAGGAGAGAUGGAGAACAGUGGCUGCACCCCUGUGACACGGAGUCCACUGACACACCCCAACUAUCAGCUGCAUUUUGCUGUGCAGCAACUUCAGCAGCAGAAACUUCAGUCACGACAGCUGUUGGAGCAAAGCCAAGCCCGGCACCAGGCUCUCUUUGCCAACUACUCGCAAUCCAGCACCAGCCAUAUAUCUAUGCCAACUGGCUCUGGUGCCCGCAAGACAUCAAGUGCCACUUCUAGUCUCCAGAAGGCAGCCAGUUUGCACAAAGUGAUGCCAUCCCAGAGUACGCCUUCUCAGCUGGUUCCAAAGCCUCCAGCAAACCACAGACAGACAGUAGCCAGAAAGGCUGCAGCCCAGAGGAUUUCCAAGGUGGCCUCCAGUGACAGGCAACUGAACGGAUUCCAGAACAGCCUUCACAGUGCUGCAUCCUGUGAGCCAGGGUCAAAUUCCACAGCCUCUGCUUGCAGAGAAGGACUAACACUGAACAUCAGGUGAGGAAUCCAGGGUGUUGCUUCAAGUAUGGGGCAGAGGAAAAAGCAGCAGUGACUUCGGACCACCACACACCUGUAACACCCAGGGGACGGUGAACAGGUCCCUGCUGAGAGGACAAUCCACUGAGGAGAGUACCUGAACAUCUGCAGAAGCUGGUGAUACAGCUGUAGGCUGAGGUGAAUGACUGUCUGUGAGAGCUUCUUGUGCUGAGCCUUGGGGUCUAUCCUCCAAUCUUUUCCCGAUCACUAACUGUGAGAUCUUUCUAUAAGACAGAGGUCCUCCAACUGUCUGUAUCGUUCUUCCCAAGGUCCAAGUUUGAACAUAAAGUCUCAAACUUCUUUGCUCAGCCAUUUCAGUCUGUCCUAGUCCAGUAACAGCCAAUAUUCUCUGCUGUCAUCACACGGCAACCAACAGCAGAGAAAAAUAUUAGACCAUAUGAGCAGAGACAUCCUUGUUAGUCGCCGACUUGAAUUUUGGCACAGAGCCAUGGAAAUGCUCCAUUUGAAUAAAGUCAUUUCAUUUGUUUGUUUUGGUUAUAAUUUCGGUUAUUAAUUCACACCCUCAAAAUAUUUGCUUUUGCUAUAUUGGACAGGAUUUAAAAUUUGUCUUUAUGUUUCACUGUUGGGUGCUUAUGUUCUGUGUGGCUUAUUUUUGUAUUUUGAUUUCUGUUUGUUUAGGCUAUAUAAACUUUUUUAAUUGGC